CUCAAAAAGGGGAUACAUCAAAUCAUCAUAUAUCCCUGGCUACGGGAUCUACUACUCUGUACGUCGUAAUUCUUUCGCCAUCACUUUUAAAUUGACUGUUAAACCCAAUCUACAAGAUCCCGCGAAUUUAACAUGGAAGCGGUUUCGUUCGUAAUGGGGGUGACUGGGGCGUUAGAUGUUUGCAUCAGAAAUGGCCAACAGCUUGUGCGUCUUUGUCGUGAAAUACGCAGCAUUGACAAGGAUAUUGAAGAAAUGGCGUUGAUCAUUGAGGGUGUUUGGAACAAAACCGAAGUGCAGGUUAGACUAUUAAAGGGGUUCUGGAACAUGCCUUCUCUGCUUCAGCCUUCGCUCCGAGAACACUAUGCCGAUUCAAUAUCUCGCCUCAAUGAAAAGCUUUUGGGUGCCAUUGAUGGUCUUGAAAAGAGUCACCACCAGAAGCUUUCAUCUAACAGCUCAUACUCAAAGGCUAAGGCUCUCUUCCUCACCAAAGACUUGAAAAAGGUCGUUGCAGAUUUGGAGGCCUGGCAACGAAGGUUCGACCCGUCAUGGUACUUGAUAACACUUCUCUCGGCAUCGGCAAUCGAUGAAAAACUACAAGACGAGAGAAGAAGCCCAUCGGCAAGGAGGAUUAUUCAGACCAGAGAAAUCAUUCGGAAUGUUUCUACUCAGCGAAGUCAUUCCGAUGGAACAAUCUUUCGGCCUACUGAAUCAAUUUCGAACGGCCGUGAGAAGAUACCUGGAACGAACACAUACACAUCAUCCUAUGAUGGCCGGCAAAUUCUUCUAGAUAGAACCAAUUAUGCACCAAAAGCAAACCUUGAAACCAUCAAAUCCAAUGUUCGAGAUCUGGCACGCAUGCUCAGGAAUGUUGAUCCCGAUUCUUUUGGCCUACUCAAAUGUGUUGGGGCAGUGGAGAUCCCGCCCCAGGAUUCCACAGGGACUCCCCAAAGCCAGAACACACAAUUUGAAUUCAUCUUCGAGAUACCAAAUGGGUUAAACUCCCCGAAGACAUUGAGAGAGAUUCUGCUAAGCAGGCCGAGAAUAUCCUUGACCAAGCGCAUGAAGCUCGCUAAGCAGCUCGCAAGGUCAAUCAUGUUUGUCCACACGACGGGAUUCGUCCACAAAGGAAUCCGCCCCGAAACGGUCCUUAUAUUCGAAGAAGACAACACGGAUAUCGGACCAUCGUUCCUUAUUGGAUUUGAACGCAUCAGACGCGCCCAAGGUCAGACUGAUCUAAUGGGGGACUUGGAAUGGGAAAAGAAUCUAUAUAGACAUCCAUAUCGACAAGGACAAUGGUCCGAAGAGGCAUUCAAAAUGCAGCACGAUAUAUACAGUCUCGGGGUUUGCCUUCUCGAAAUCGCCUUAUGGCAUUCAUUUCUGGUACAGGAACCAGACAACACUGAACCACACCCCUGGGAUGAGUUGAAUAUCCAAAGUGCCAUCUCCGACAGGAAUUCUCGCCGAGGUGGCACGGCAAUCAAGGCAGAGCUGGUGGCUAUCACUGAAGACCGACUCCCGAGCCUUGUUGGAGAUCAAUACACCAAUCUAGUUCUUGCAUGCCUGUGCUGUCUGGACACAGAGAGCAAGCACAAUGUUUUCGAAGGACCCGGAAGUGCUGUCAAGGACGAGGAUGGCAUCGUGGUAGGCGUUCGAUACAUCGAAAAUAUUUUAGUCAAGACCGAAGAGCUUUUAGUCUAG